GCCUCUGCACGGCACAGCCCCAUGGCACGGGCCGCCGGCCGCCCUUGCGUCGCCAGCCUGCCUGGCACGCAUCACGAGGGCGUCGCGCACGAAGCAAACGCCCCCAAUUAGCUCGCCCUUAAUCACUAGUAAACCCUAAAACCGAAUUACUAGGCACCCCUUGAUUGCCUAUUCCCUUACGUCCUCAACAGGAGCGCGCUAGUGCCGGUGCGCUUCGCUAUUAUCCGAUCGUGCCCUGCCGUGCUGAUCAGAUAAGUCCGCCGGAGCAAGAGGAAAUUAUCUUGCGAAUUUCCUUUUCCUUUUCUUCCCUCUCUCUCUCGAUUCGACCAAGAAUUUUUGUUCCUUCUCGCAUCACUCUCCACUAAGCCGCCUCUCCCCGCUUGCGCUCGUCGCUUCCUGCCCAAUUCGCCAUUCGCCCCCUAUUAAUUCCUUGUCUGGAUAGUCGAUGGCCGAUUGCCUCUCGGGUGUUAAAUACCCACGCUGCUAGGGUUUAAUCGUCGUUCGGAGGCGUCCUCGGGAAUCCCUGCGGGCGGCGGUUCAAGAUAGUUUUUUAAUAGUGAGAUAGAUAAAUAGUUAGGGUUCUGGGAGUUAUUUUUGUCUCCCGUAUUAGAUGGAGGAAUCGGAGGCAGGGGUUAAUCUUGCGAAGCAAAUGGAGGCUUCUCCUCCUCUGAAGGCUGCUGCGGGGGAUGAGGGGGAUAAGGGGAAGAUAGAGAGGGGGCACUCUAUCAAUCUGAAUACUGUGCCAGCAGUUGCUGUGGAGAUGAGUACAACUCAGGAGAAUGGUGAGACGCACGGUGCAGCGGUGUCAGGAAUUAAGGAUGCAAGCACCGGAAAGGCAGAGGAAUCCAGUGGUGCCGAUCAGAAGAAAUUGCCCAAGCGUGAGCAGGUCGACUAUGAAGCUGAAGUUGAAGGCCGUGCAGACGCUGAGAACCCUGUCAAGAAGGCUGCUUUGGUUACUGCAGUGGAAAAUGGAAGGCGUGCCGAUUGUGGUGAUGGGGAUGUGAGAGUUCAAGUCCUCAGCAUUGUCAAGAAGGAUGAGCCUGCUGAUGAAGUUGGCGAUUCUAUUAAUCUUGCGACAGUUGCAGGGUAUAGAGAACAGAAGGGUGCCACAGGUGCUUCUGCUGGAAUUACUGCGGUACGACCUGCUGGCUCCCGAUCAUCGAGUUUCCAUGGUGUGACCAGGCAUAGAUGGAGUGGGAAGUAUGAAGCUCAUUUAUGGGACAGUUCUUGCAGAGUAGAAGGACGGAGAAGGAAAGGGAAACAAGUUUAUCUAGGAAGUUAUAAUACUGAGGAAAAAGCUGCCAGGGCUUAUGAUGUUGCAACUCUUAAAUACUGGGGCCAAAAUACAAAAUUGAACUUUCCGGUUUCACAGUACGAAAAGGAACUGGAGGACAUAAGGGACUUGUCUCGAGAGGAAUGUGUGACAUAUUUGAGAAGGAGAAGUAGCUGUUUUUCAAGAGGGGCUUCUAUUUAUAGAGGAGUGACAAGGCAAAAAGAUGGGAGAUGGCAAGCGCGCAUAGGACUGGUUGCUGGAACUAGAGACAUUUACCUGGGAACAUUCAAAACUGAGGAAGAAGCUGCGGAGGCUUAUGAUAUUGCUGCUAUUGAGAUACGCGGCAAAAAUGCCGUGACCAACUUUGACCGAAGCAACUAUAUGGACAAGGGUAUGCAUUGUAUAGAAGGGGAAGGCUUGAGGCUGCUCGCAUCAAAGCCUGAAUAGUAACUUUGACUUUGAUGAAGUGGCGGCAUCUAUUGAGCAGAUUUGGCCAGACAUAUUUGAAACUUAGUGGUACAUACAGAUAGAAGAACUGGUUGCAGUUUGUCAAUAUUUCCUGCUUUAUAAGUGUUAAGAUUACAGUUAUUCAAGAGAGAGCAUUUGAAGCAACUAGCGGAAUCGUGCCAAGAAGCUUUUGAGCAUGUAUCAUAGGGUUUGUAGGAUAUAUUUCUCUGGAAAUGUACCAAGUUAAUGUUUAUGUCCUGUCUAAUAUCUUCGUUUUGUCA